AUGCCGCUUUCACAGCCCUUAAACAUCCCCAAAUGGCUCAAGGAGAACAGCCACCUGCUUCAACCUCCAAUUAACAACUACUGUGUUUACGAUGAACAUAUGACCGUCAUGAUUGUCGGAGGACCAAAUGCCCGCAAUGAUUAUCACAUCAACGAGACCCCAGAAUGGUUCUACCAAUAUAAGGGCGCUAUGUUGUUGAAGGUUGUCGAUGAGGGAGAGUUCAAGGAUAUCUUUAUUGAUGAAGGAGAGAUGUUUGUCCUUCCCCCGAAUACACCUCACAAUCCCGUCCGGUUUGCAAAUACGGUUGGUAUCGUCAUCGAGCAGAAGCGACCAGCAGAGAGCCUUGAUAGACUCCGUUGGUACUGCCCGUCAUGUAAUGAGAUUGUUCAUGAAGCUGCUUUUCACUGCACAAACCUUGGGACGCAGAUCAAAGAAGCUGUCAAUAAAUUUAAGGACAGUGAGGAUUUGAGGACUUGCGGGAAAUGUGGGUCGAUGGCUGCUGUAGCACCUCCAGCAACGACGGUGUAA